AUGGCAGUCACUCUGACAGUCCCAAGUACAGAAGCGAGGUCCUCCCACGUCUCCGACAGCACCGUUCAGCCAUUUCUGCAGCCAGACUUCGAUCCAGUUGACUACCUGAACAACACUUUACCCGCGCUAUCAACCUCAUCCAUAUCGAGGAAUACUUCAACGGCCACACGCGCAGUCCCACUACCCGAACUUUCCUCGCAGAUCCAAGGCCUGCUCACGAGGCUGAACGCUCAGACAACGCGUCUAUCGAAUGCCCUCACACAGUUGACCGAUGAGAUACUACGGAGCGGAGGGAGACUGGCGUACGAAGUCGAGGUGUUGCGGGGAGAAACGAUAGGCUUGACAGACUCGCUGGACAACGGGCUGAAGAAGGAUAUAGAGGUCUUUACCAAGACCCAUGCUGAGGACAAUGCCGCCGAAACUGGCGAAGUGGAUGGGGACACUGCUGUAACUGCACAGACCGGCCAGGAUGCGGAGCCAGAAUAUCUAACCCAGCUCAAGACUUUGACAGCAGUCCGAGAAAGACUCGACUCCGUCAUCAAAAUCUUCGGCGAAGCAAUGCAGUGGCCUCUAGCGCCUUCAGACCUCUCCUUGACCUCCUCCCUGAUCUCUGUUUCUGCACCCGACUCUGGCGAUGACUCUCGAAGCCGAGAAGAGAAAGGCAAAGCUUACGUCGAAAAGCUGCGUACCGAAAUCAACGACCUCUUAGGCCCAGGCAACAAUGCAGAAGGUCUUGAAACAGCUUCAGCACGGAUAGACGAGCUCAGACAGCUGGCGGAGGUGUGGAAGGGCACUGCAGAAGAAAAGGCUCGCCUGAAGCUGGUGGAAAGUUUACAGAAGCCGGUCGAGGAGAGGCAGAAGGCGCUUGGUCAGGCUGCUGGGAGUAGGAAACCUAAUCCGUCGCCUUCGAGAGGUAUGGACUAUCGGUAUGGCAAUCCGGACUCUUCACGUGCCGGAAGCGAGGGUGGGUAUGGUUUCUUGCAGAAUCUGCGGAAUUUGAAGAAUGAUAUGUAUCUUGAUUGA